AUGCUUGAUAGUGAAGAUCAUGAAUCGUUCGUUACGAUUUUAAACAAACUCAAAACCAAACUAUCUAAGCUAGAAGAGAAAAGAGAUCUUCUUAAAUCAGCAUUAGAGCAAGAUGAAAAAGAAAUUAAAGAAUUAAAACAGGAAAAGAAGCAAUUAUCAGACGAAUUUAAGAAAAAACAUGCGUUGUAUAAUGAAACUCCAUCGUAUUCUAAUCAAAAAACUCUCCGUGUAUUAAGAGCAAAUGUCGAAGCGUUAACUAAGCAAUAUGAAGAAGUACAGCAAAGUUUGCAGAACCAAAAGGAAGAGAAUAGUGCCUUAGCAAUAUCUUUGCUUGAUACGUCAUUAUUAAGUUCUCAUAAAAAAUCUAUUGCGUUUGUUAGGCAAUCACUACUAUCGGAAUUACAUGAGCUCGUGUCAAAGCAAAUGCCAGCCGACAUUAUAUUAAAAAAGGAAAAACAAAUUCAAAUGUGCGAUGCUCUUGCGUAA